UAACGAGCUCAAACAACGAUUAGUGCUUGGAUUUCGAGUUUGAAUUUCCUAUAAAAAAUAUAUGUGAAGAUAUAUUGUGUGAAAAUGUUAUCAAAACAUAUCAAAAUUGUACUACUUGCCGUAACCAUUUUUCUAAAUGCCCUAUCGCACAGUGAAGCCUUCAUUGUGCGCCUAAUUACGGAGACGCUGCAGAAUAAUGUGGCUGGCGAACCGAUAACGCACGUGCGCACCGAUUGGGACUUCGAUCCGGAAAUUAGUCAGAAGCGACGCGCACUCUUCUAUGAGACCUACGGUUAUCGAGCCGCCAAAUUAAUUGAGCGCAUUGGCCUGGGACUUGACGGCCAAGAAGAGGAACGACGUGCAGAGCAGCAAGCGCGCGAUGUUGGACGUCUGAAUGGUGAACAUAACAUAAACUUUCCACCAGAACCGCAAACGUAAGGGCGUCGUGUGGCAGUGAAGCUACUUUUAUUGCAAUAUCAAAUUUUAAUAUU